AUGUCGUACGAGCGCUACGUUGCCAUCUGCAAACCCCUGCACUACGGGACCCUCCUGGGCAGCAGAGCUUGUGUCCACACGGCAGCAGCUGCCUGGGCCACUGGGUUUCUCUAUUCUCUGCUGCACACGGCCAAUACAUUUUCACUGCCCCUGUGCAAGGGCAAUGCCCUGGGCCAGUUCUUCUGUGAAAUCCCCCAGAUCCUCAAGCUCUCCUGCUCACACUCCUACCUCAGGGAACUUGGGCUUAUUGUGGUCAGUGUCUGUUUAGCAUUUGGCUGUUUUGUGUUCAUUGUGGUGUCCUAUGUGCAGAUCUUGAGGGCCGUGCUGAGGAUCCCCUCUGAGCAGGGACGGCACAAAGCCUUUUCCACCUGCCUCCCUCACCUGGCCGUGGUCUCCCUGUUUGUCAGCACUGCCAUGUUUGCCUACCUGAAGCCCCCCUCCAUCUCCUCCCCAUCCCUGGACCUGGUUUUGUCCUUUCUGUACUCAGUGGUGCCUCCAGCAGUGAACCCCCUCAUCUACAGCAUCAGGAACCAGGAGCUCAAGGAUGCCCUGAGGAAACAGAUGACUGGAUUUCUUCUGAAGCUAUAAACUGUCUCUAACUUCUUCUACAUAAGAGUUAUAGUCCAACUCAUUGCAGGUUCAUCCUGUGUGCAGUAUUUUUUGUUUCUACUUGUGUUUGCUUAUUAUGAAAAUAUUUUAAUUCCCUUUGUAAUUCAC